AUGUUGAAGACUAGGAUGAACACCUUGAAUAUGAGUAUGAACAUGAUGAACACCUUGAACAUUGGUAUGAACUUGUUGAAUAUGUCCGAAAGUUCUAAUAGAGAAAGGCAUGACCCCCCUGCCUUUGGUGGGGAAGAUACUGAGAGUGAAGAGACCAACCAAUAUGUUUGUUUUGAAGAUGAGAGUUCCUAG